AUGCAAGGAAGACUCCCCCAGAUGCAACCGACCGUUGUCCUCCUUCGAGAGGGUACGGAUACUUCUCAAGGUUUAGGUCAACUUUUGUCCAACAUCUCAGCAUGUCUUGCCGUAGCUCAAACUAUUGCUACUACGCUUGGACCCCGAGGUAUGGACAAAUUGAUUGUCGAUGACAGAGGACUUGCUACCAUAUCAAAUGACGGAGCUACCAUUCUUAAACUCCUUGAUGUCGUUCACCCUGCCGCUAGAACUUUAGUAGAUAUCGCUCGGGCACAAGAUGCCGAAGUCGGAGAUGGUACAACCAGUGUGACUCUACUCGCUGCUGAGAUAUUGAAGGAGGUAAGGCCUUUCCUUGAGGAAGGUGUAGGACCCCAUGUCAUUAUUAAGGGAUUGAGGGAGGCUAAGACUUUGGCUAUCAAACGAAUCAACGAGAUUGCUGUAACGAUAGACAAAUCAAAUCCAGAGAAAUUCCGUGAACUCCUUAUUCAGUGUGCUUCUACUUCCAUGUCAUCCAAAUUGAUCCAUUCUCAAACCCCAUUCUUCUCCAACAUGGUGGUUGACGCUGUCCUUUCUCUCGACCAAAACGAUCUCGACGAAUCACUCAUUGGCGUAAAGAAAGUUCCCGGUGGAGGUAUGCAAGAUUCGCAAUUGAUCAGAGGGGUAGCUUUCAAGAAAACAUUCUCUUAUGCUGGAUUCGAGCAACAACCUAAAUCGUUCAAAGAUCCCAAGAUCUUAUGUCUUAACGUAGAAUUGGAAUUGAAAGCAGAGAAAGAUAAUGCUGAAGUUAGAGUGAACGAAGUAUCAGAAUAUCAAGCUAUCGUGGACGCUGAAUGGUCAAUCAUUUACCGAAAAUUAGAAGCUAUAGUAGACACAGGUGCAAAAGUUGUUUUAUCGAAAUUGCCAAUUGGCGAUUUAGCUACUCAAUAUUUCGCUGAUAGAGAUAUCUUCUGUGCUGGAAGAGUUACUGCUGGAGAUCUGAAAAGAGUGGUUCAAGCUGUUGGAGGAUCAAUUCAAUCAACUUGCUCCGAUAUCGAACCUCAUCAUUUAGGUCAAUGCGGUACUUUUGAAGAAAGUCAGAUCGGUGGUGAAAGAUUCAACUUGUUCCAAGAUUGCACAAAGUCCAAAACAUGUACUUUGAUCUUGAGAGGUGGUGCCGAACAAUUCAUCGCUGAAGUAGAAAGAAGUUUACACGAUUCGAUCAUGAUUGUGAAGAGAGCAAUUCAAAACAACAGCGUAGUAGCUGGUGGUGGAGCUUGCGAGAUGGAAAUUUCUAAAUUCCUCCGAGGACACUCCAGAACAAUUAUGGGUAAACAACAACUUAUAGUUGGAGCUGUAGCCAAAGCACUUGAAAUCAUACCUCGACAAAUUUGUGAUAACGCGGGUCUUGACGCUACCGACAUAUUGAACAAAUUGAGGAUGAGACAUGCUCAGGAAGAUCUGUGGGCUGGUGUAGAUGUCGAUUCGGAGAACGUACAAGACAACAUGAAGAGAUUUGUUUGGGAACCUGCUUUGGUCAAAACCAAUGCUUUAUCAAGUGCUAUAGAUGCCGCUUGUUUGAUCUUAAGUGUAGAUGAAACAGUUCGAAAUCCACAAUCCGAAGCACCUCAAGCUGGUCCACCUAUGCCUAGAGGAGCAGCUCAACAAGCAUUAAGAGGAGGAAGAGGAAGAGGUAUGCCCAGACGAUAG